GGUCUGUUUAUGGUAUGUCAAAUAAGCUGGACAGUGAACACAUUUUUAAAGCCAUUUAACUUGCCACUACUUCUGCACUCGCAAAAGACUCGGCUGUUUGUUUCCAGGUCAAAAGCUUACAUUUAAUUCCCUCUCCCCACCAACUGGCAUUUCUACAAGACUUUGCAGCAAACUUUGAGCCUUCUAAUUCAACAUUAUAUUCAGCACAUAACCCGGAUCAAGUUUUUCCUCCUCCCCAAUGAAAAAUCAGAGUAAAAGGCGAUGUCUUAUAGCCAUUGGUGCAAUAAUAUUUCUGAUCUUGCUGCUAUUCAUCAUUAUCUUGAUCCUAGCAUUGACUGUGUUUAAGCCAAAACAACCCAAGACUCAAGUUCAAUCAGCAAAGGUUGAUGGGGUCGCUCCUAGUGUGUCUCUCAUCCCCUUGAAUAUCCGACUCAACCUCACCCUCGACCUUCAGAUCCUUGUUAAGAAUCCGAACCAUGCCAGUUUCAAGCAUGGCACUGGUAACAGUAUCCUUGAAUAUCGCGACAAACAGAUUGGAGAGGCUGAUAUCUACCCGGGCUAUAUUCCGGCCACCGGAUCCACCAGUUUUCCUUGCAGACUUACACUUCAGGUAGACCAGCUUGCAUCUAAUUUAACUUCUCUGAUCACUGACAUAAUAGGUGGUCAUCUAGUCAUGGAGACGCACACAAAGAUUCCAGGCAGAAUCAACUUCUUGGGGAUUUUCAAGAAACAUGUUGUCACUUCUUCUGAUUGCCAAUUUACUAUUGCUUUUCCUUCUCUGAAUAUCACCAAGCAAGAGUGCAAGAACAAGCUUUGAUCCAUAUUUUUUCACAAGGAAAUUGGUUGGACUGGAUUAAAAUAUAAUUUUCUUUGCGCCUUGCCUUUGCGCCUUGCCUUUGCUUCUGCCUUCAGUUUCUGCUUUUCCCCCGUUAAGACUGUUAGAUUCCUCUACUUAUUGUCACUAUGAAUGCUUGUUGAAAAAGUCAGAAUCAGAAUUAGAAGCAAAUUCUUUGUUUCAUAUUCGCAGAUGCGAUUUUUCAGAGCUUACAUAUGUUUUUUUCCUUAGGUUGAUGUAUAGAGUUGUCAUCAAUAAUUUAGAUGCCUGCGUGGAGGGCAGAUAUUGUAUACAGCAAGAAAACUAUGUCAGGUUUUAUAUCAUCAUUUUUAAACUUUUUUUUUUAA